CCUCCUCCCUCCUCUUCCCUGUCCAUUUUCUGCAACCGGAACUUGGUCGUUGCUCCGACGACGACGGCAGGGAAACGAAAGAGAGUUGGUGCAAAAAACGUGAAAAAGUACAAGGAGGUGGACUGGGUGGGGAAAGGCAACGGCUUGGAAAGUUCGGCUUUGUUCACGACUUCGUUUGGGGGAAGGAGAAAUGAUUUUGCGUGGGAGAGGGUGGAGAAGGUAAAGAACAAAUAAAUCGUCGGAUGCCUGUGGUGUUGGAGUGAGCCGCCGGGUUUCUGAAGGGAAGGCGGAGGGGGACGUGACUUUACGUUCCUCUCCACACCGUUAGAUUCACCCUCCUUCAGCGAUCGAGAACAAGUGGUAUAUCAAUUUGGAACAAACUGGAUAUGCUGACUCGAAAGCAAUGAGUGAUUUGGAUAAAUUCGUCUUUUGCAAAUGGCAAGGUCGGCUGUGGCCUGCAAGAAUAUUGUCGAAAUCUGCCAAUUCUCCCAGUAAGGCAUCUGAGACCAUUUCCGAUUGUUUAGAUGUCCAACUAAUAUGCUUGGAUAAACAGUUGUGUGUUAAGCACAGAGACACAAGACCAUUUGAGCAAAAACAAGCUGAAGAUAUUAGCUCUGGGUUGGUGCAUGAGGAAGACUUUACGCAUGAAGAAGCUGUGGAAGAACUGACUUACAGAAAGGCACUUCGAAUCGCCCUGAAUAUUUUAGCCAAUCGUGACAGCCAUGUUGCUCAAAUGACUAUAAAAGAACCGGUAAUGGCAAAGACUCGAGUUUUGACUUCAAAAGAGUAUAAAGAGUAUUCCUGUGUUCACAAUGCAAAUAAAACACAAAAUACACCAAAGAAAAAUGGAUUGCGUUCACUUCAGGGACAAGAAACUGUAUGCACUCGACAAAGUAGCAGAAAACUAUCUUGUAUCAACAAAUUACCAGAGGUUGAACAAGAGAAAAGACUGACCAGGUCAUGCACAUUAACUCCAAAUUCAACUAAAAUGAAAAACCAUGCUGGUAAGGAAAAAAAUAGUGGAGUAAGGAGAAGUAUGGGAAGGCCAAGAAAAAAUCUCUUUAAACUCCAGCCAAACACUUCAUGUGGCAGUCACACACGGUGUGAGCAACCAUUACCAGUGAAACAGGAAGCUGCUGAUACACACAAAUAUUGGGGUGAAGACAGGCUGCAAAAUGUAGGAAAGUCAUCUAUACCAAUACAUGAUUCUAAAAUUUCUGGAGAGGGGAAAGAUCAAAAUGGAGAAGUUAAAAUGAUGACCCUUAGAUCAAGGGUUAUUUGCAAAUCUGCCUGCAAAGAAGUUACCAAUUCUUCUGUACAAUUCAGCUGUAAACCUUCGGUUACUCCAACGUCUGACUCUCGUAGCUAUUUAGAAUCUACUCCUAAACGUAGGACUAGUGACAACAUUGGGUCACAUGAAUGUUCUCACUUUUUAAGAAGACCCCGUAAUGUUCAGUUAGAAAUUAAAAGUAAUUUGGGCCAAAAUAAAUUGGUAGAAGAACAGAAAAAGAGAAAAGGAAACAAGUGCCCAGAACCUGUAGAGUGCCUUCAUACCAGUACAACCUCUGCUGAUUUGGACAUUAAUGUUAGAUCCAGCAACCAGCCAAACAUAGAUGAUUUUACAGGAACCAGGAAUCCCAUGCAGCAUGUAAAUGGGCACAAAAGAAGCAUUUCAGAUAAUUCGCAAAUGUUUUGUCCUACUACCCAACUAAAUAAACAAGAGGCGUUUCCUCCUUCAAAAAUUCAGAAAAAGGAGGAAGGUUCAAAGAUGCACACUUUAUCCACUGCAGAGCCUGACACGACGAUUCAGUCACCAGCAUUUCAAGUUGAUGAAAUAGGAUUACACUCAUCCUCUUUGUCAGUAGAGUUCAGUUCAAUAGAUUCCCUUUCAACAAGCAAGCGCACAGAUAAUGGGGAGGAGGAUGAAGAGAAUGACGAUGAAGAUGAAAAUCUUCCAAGUAUACUGCUGCACCAAGAGCAAUGGUCAGUAACUGAAGGGAUGCUAGUUUGGUGUAAAUUCCAGAAGUACCCAUAUUGGCCAGCAGUGGUAAGAAGUGUAAAGCCCAGGAUCAAAAAGGCCAGCAUACUGUUUGUCGAUGAAAAUAUAAUAGAUGUAGAAAAGAACAAGAAAGGCUUUACAGUGUCUGUAAGGACCCUGAAACCAUUUGAUUGUGAAAACCGUCAUCAGUUAACAGCUGCAGCACGGUAUAUUUAUAAGACUUCCGUUGAUUGGUGUGUGGCUCUAAUCGAUGAUUAUCGAAUCAGAAGAGGCUGUGGAUCCUUCACUGGUUCCUUUGUUGAGUAUUGUACAGCUGAACUUAGUAUCCCAGUGCGAAAAUCUUUUGGACAAGAUCCCUCAUUAAUGACCUUUCCAUACAGUUCCAUUGCAAAUCAAGUGGACGGAGGACAUUCUGAUUCUGAAGUUGAGACCACACCAUCCAAACAACAUCCUACCAAAAAACUGCUUCCCGAUAGGAAGAAAGCUGCCAGAGACAGAGCUAAUGAGAAACUUGUACAAUUCAUUGUCAAGGCAAAGGGUGCAGAGAAGCAUCUUCAGGCUGUAAUUAAGGGACAGAAGCCAUCCAGGUGGCUAGAGGAGUUUAAAACCCUUACCCGCAACUCAAGUGUCAUUGAUACAUACCUUGAAGAUGACUGGCAGCUGGACCAAGUAGUUAACUACUUAAAAGCUGUCUGUGAAAUGAGUGUGAGCACAAAACUCUUAGAAGACUAUGAGAGAUCAAGGUUUAUCCUGGAUGUCCUUUUGCCAGAGGCUAUUAUUUGUGCAAUUGCUGAAGUUGAACAAAUGAGCAUCAAGAAAGCCGAAGAAAAAUAUAUGAAGGGCCCACUUCACAGUGAAAGGGAAGUUGAACAUUUUAACAAGGAGAUUGAAAAAGAGAUGAAACUGAAACAGAAGCUCCUGAAAAAGGAGGAAUCCACUAGCUGAAGCUUUCAUUCUUGAAAUGCGUGUGUAUAUAAGAUUGGAUGAAACCCAUAUUUUUUUGUGCAAAGUAAUAUCAUUUUUGAUAGCAAGAAUUUAAAUGUUUCUUAUAAAAUAUUGAAACCAAUGGUGUACAGUAACCUAGGAGUUCAGAGCAUGUAAAUAACCCAUUUGGGGAAGUCUAUUAUCUGCUUAAGUCUCAGCACGUAAAGGUUUGAGCCUUAAGUUUUUUUAAAGAGAGAGAAGCCAUUCAUUUUGCAAGGACUUAAAAUUUUGCCAAGCUCAGUUAAAUUUGAUAGCCUUGUUGUAUCCUUUUCUCAAACAUAAAGAAUUUAUGCAUUUUGUUGAUUUUGGUUUUGAAUGGUAACCAACUUUGUGGUGCAAGAUCAAUAUUCCCCUAAGAGUGAUUAAUGAAGAUAUUUUCAAAUUGCUAUUCUGACUACAUGCACAGUAUAAUACAAGAGAGUAUGGUAUCAGUAAAAAUCACACUUGGAGACACUUGCCCAGUUUUGUUGGUCUAAAUCUGGACUGGUGAGUUAGCUUUCAUAUGUUCAUGUUAACAGUUGACAUGUCGUUAAGAGUAUCCUAAAACUUAAUUAAAAAUGAAGCACUGUUGCAUUUGAGAAACUUUCAAAUCCCCAGUUCUGUCUUCCAUACGGUGCUAAAUACUAAGUUUGACAUAGAUUCUCACUAAGGCUGCAAGUUAGACUGAGACUGGUAAACCUAGUAACAAUAUAGUUAACAUAACGGUUGUGAUAUUGUCAUGUUGGUUGCAAGAAACCUGUUCACUCAGCUCUUUCUAUGGGCUGCUUACAAAUUCCAUUGAACAGGCACUUUAAUGAAAAUAUUUGGACUUUGCCACAUCACAUUAGCUGAUCUGGUCCUGCAAGCUUAAAAUUCAAGCUGCACCCAACUUUUUUUAUCCUUGGUAAAGAAAUUUUAUGAAAACCAAGUUUUCUGGUUUUACAAUUCAUACCGAAGCCUAGACCACUUAAGGGAUAACGUGUUAUGAAAGUAUCACGAGCUUGCAUUCUGAGUUGACCAUAAAUUGCAUUUGAUUUGAUAUGAUAGGUGGAUUUUAUAUUGGAAUGUAAUUUAAUGCCACUUGAACGUAAUAUUUUCAGUGCUUGCAAGAUGUAUCACCAAAUUUCACACUUGCUGAAUAUUGUUUACCUUCAUUUAGUGAGUUUUUGCAUGAACAUUUUAUGGAAUGUAUGAAUUCAGAAUGUUGGCAUUCUCCUCCUGCCCCAUUCUACAUAUUAAAAGACAAUUCCACUCUA